AGCGUCGGGUGGCGUUACUGUGCGUUCCUCCUAUCGUUUUCAUUUUGAUUGUAGCGGUAAGUGGUGUGACGCGUUCCUUGCUCCGUUUGACACUGACAAGUGGUUUGUGAAGUGUACAUUUGUGCUAUUGGAUACUCUGUGUGUGCUGUUAUAUACUGUUCAAAAGGUGGAGGAAUAUUUUCUACGUUCACUAAAGGUGUAAUGAACGCCAUAUUCAUGACUUAAGAUGGUGAACUUCAGUGCAACCAAGUGUUAGAUGACGACACAACCCCUUGCUUCAAGGAUGGUCAAAAACUAGUUCGAUAAGGAAACAGUGUAUGCAGUAAUCGGUGAGGCGUAAUACCAAGCCACGGAAUGGUGAACUCAAGUCCUCUGGCACUUAUGGUUCAACUGACCAUACUGGUCUCCAGCUCCCUACAAGAGAAAGCCAAAAGGGAGGUCCCCACACACAGACAUGCCGCAGAGUGGCAACAGCUCUGGUACUCAAACUUUGAAGAGUUUCAACGUCUCACAGAACCCAGCUUUGACAACAAUACUGUGUCUAACAUCACAGUACAACUUGGCGGAACAGCCUUCCUGCAUUGCCGAGUACGCAACCUGGGAGAACGAACGAUAUCCUGGGUGAGACGGAGGGACUGGCACAUCCUGACGUCUGGGAUGUUUACAUACACCAAUGACGAGAGGUUCCAGGUACUACAUGGUGAAGGGAGUGAUGACUGGACCCUGCAGAUCAAAUAUGUACAGAAGAGAGACAACGGCACCUACGAAUGUCAGGUGUCUACUGGAACUGGGAUAAUGUCUCAUUUCGUCAAUCUUCACAUUGUUGUCCCGGAAGCAUUCAUCCUCGGAAGUGGCGAACACCAUGUUGAUGUCGGAAGUGUGAUCAGCCUAGUCUGCAUGAUUGACAAGAGCCCACAGCCUCCCCAGUACGUCUUCUGGUACCACAACGACCGCAUGAUCAACUACGAUACGGCCAGGGGUGGAGUGACUGUGGAGACGGAGCCGGGGGCGAAGACCCAGAGUCGCCUGACGAUCAGGGAGGCUCACGACACCGACUCUGGAAACUACACCUGCAGCGCGUCCAACACUGAGCCAGCCUCCAUCUUUGUCUUCGUAUCUGAGGGUGACAAGAUGGCGGCUAUUUCCCGCCGGAAAUCCUCCUCAGGUUCCGGCGUCGACGUAAUGCUCUGGUUUGUGAUUCUUCCACUUUUAGCAAUGGCUACAAGAUAAGACUUCAUGACUUUCCUAUGCCUCUAGCUCAUUCCCAUGGCACAGACUGAUAGUGCAGUGGACAGACUUUCAGUGAACCAUGCAGUUUACUUAUGAGUCGUUUUACUACUAGACUAACGAUUUCUAUUUGACCAGUUUGUUUCAUCCAUCUUUAAUAAUCCAAUCUGUAACCCAGUUCGAUCAAACUUUAAUGUAGUUGUGGAUAUUCGUAUUGUAUUCUGAGGUGGUUAUUACGAUUUCGGUUUUAAAUUAGUGGUAUUUUCUCAAUAAGUAAUUUACUGGUAGGGGCGAAAACACACAUGUGAUUUUCUACAGGAUAGUUAUAUAGUGAAUAGAGAAUAUUGUACAUAGUUUCCGGUUAGGAAAUUGUAUUAUAUAGGUUACGGAUUUUGGGCUUUACUUGAAAAAUGGUUUAAAUUGAGAAUUUUUUGCACUUUUUACUAUAUUUCUGUUAAGCAUAUUGUAAGACAUAAACUAAACUAAGAUACCGUCAAACUACGAAUGUAAUAUACUGAAAAGAAUUUGUUGAACCUUUACGUUUUUUCUACACUCAAACAUAUGUUAAAAAACCAUUCCUUUUUUUACUAUAACAAAACACGACAGUUUAAAUUAUCAUAUGAAUAUAUACUUCUGCUUGUAAAGCCCAUUGUUAAAAUAUACUGUAAUACAUUAAGUGCAAUAUUUAGUUUUCGGUAGAAACAUUUCGUUUGUAAAUUUACAAUCUAUAUCAAUAAAACAGGGUUACCAAUGUAAAUAUACCAUGAAAAUGUAAAAUAUGAUUAAGUUUAGAAUUGUUUUAUACUUGAUGUGCAUAUUGCUCUUAUAAAAAAAAUAUUUGAUUGUUUUAUCAAUUAUUCACAGUAGUUAACAAAAACACAUUCAGCCAUGUGUUGCCAAAUUAGUGUUUUUUAUAUUGUUUGGAUGAUUUAGAUUUACUUAAAAGUUCCUUGGCAGUACAUAUAUGAAUUGACAGAUACAUUCUUAUUUUUAAUAGAGUUUAUAGUAAACUAUUUAUACAUUUGAAAUUUACUAGUGUAAGUAGUAAUGUUAUUAAUGUUUUACAUAAUUCUGAUUUCUUUAAGAAAGCUACAUUGUAAAUCUACCGGUUGGACUUAGUAGAUAAUUCUAAAACUCAUUAAAAAAUUGUGUUUUAUAUAAAUAUGGCAUUGUAUUGCAAGUUAUGUUUAAAACACAUUCCCACUACAUUUUUUCAUUACGUCAGAUACUUUUUUUCAAAAUGUUCAAUAAGAUUAAUUCAGAAAUAAUUGAUUUGAUGAGUCCCGAUAGAAAUCUAUUUCCAAAUAAAACAUUAUUUAAAGAAUAAGGUGAUUCUGAGCCAAGUAUUGGUCAACUUAAAUUUUCCUUUUAUUACCGUUAAUUGUUCUGUUGGUUUGUAGUUACUGGAAAAUAAAAUACAUUUUUGCCCGAAAGCAAGAAUUUGGAGCAGUCGACUAAUUAAAGGUGAAAUGGCGUUCCGCGUUAUCAUUCAUUAUCAGCCGCUAAAAACAGUUAGGUUAGGUUAGGUUAUGUUUGGUUACGUUAGGUUAGGUUAGGUUAGGUUAGGUUAGGUUAGGUUAGUCUAGGUUAGGUUAGGUUAGUUUAGUUUAGUCAGUUAUUUUAUAUUUCCAGCAAAAAAGAUUUGGGUUUUAAAAACUGCUAACCUAACCUAACCCAACCAAACCUAACCUAACUUUAUCCAUGUUUUGCCUCCUGGAUUGAUUGAGCAGUCAGUGUACCGGUCCGCACAACGUUAUAGUCACUUUUGUUUAUGCCGGCCAAAAGUAUAAAUUUUCUACGUUACGUGUUACGUGUUAAUAAAUGUUUCGUUUGUCAGUGUGUGUGUAUAUGUGGACUUCAAUGAUGACCAAAUGCUAUUAACAGUAGAUUAACAAGAGAUAAAAUUUGAGAAUGGGGUGUUGGCCCCGAAACUAUAGUCGUUAUAAAAGACUACUUGGAUUGAUGACAUAAAUAAGGUAUUUUACCUAGUAUUAUUACUAACCUAACCUAACUGAUUUGUAGUGGCUGAUAAUGAAUUACAGCCUGGAAUGCCCUUUGACCUUCAAAUAGUCACCUGCUCCGAAUACUUGCUUUCCACAAAACAUUCUUGCAUUUUCAGUUAUUACUUACCAACAGAACAACAGUAAUAUGUGAAAAAUUUAGUUGACCCAUACUUUGCUCAGAAUUACCAAAAACUGUUUUUAAGUAAUAAUAUAUUUUGUGACAGUCCACAUAAGUUAAAGUCAGCUCCAAGUUCGGGCUCAAAUGUGUACAACUUUGACUUUAGCAUAAGGAGCUUCAGGCAUAAUUUUAUACACUGUAAAUAUGUGAUAUUAGUAGUGUGUAAGGUUUUAAGAUAGAUCGAAUAGCUCGAUAUCAGACUUGUUACGACGCUCUCUGCUUCGAACUUUUUAUUCCUGUAUUACGUUAUGUCUGUUUAUACUUUCAUAUUUCAUAUCUGUUUACAUAUACUGUACAUACCCCAUGUAAAGUGAUAGAUACCCAAGCUGGGCCGACCUUUGUAUAUAGUAUACAUAUGUAUCUGCUCGGCCCGGCAAUAUGACGCCUAAUGUAUUAUUGCACCUUUCAAAUUCCAUCUCCGACCAUCAAACGUUUUUCAUUAGGUUCUGUUUAAAUAAAUGUCUAUAUUUUAUUGGUUGUGUA